GGUUUUGCUUUUUCCCUCCGCAAGUGCAAGUGCAACCUCUCGACUGCUCGCCCUUUCCGUCGAGGGGAAGAAAGCGAGAAGAGGAAGAAGGGGAGGAAGGGAAAGAUCCCCGAGUUUCUCUCUCUCUCGGAGACUAUUUAGGGGAUUUCUCUUCUUUCCCUCUUCCAUUUCUAGAUCAUCGAUUCUGUGGGAGAGAUGGGUCAGCAGUCUCUCAUCUACAGCUUUGUAGCUCGGGGGACCGUCAUCCUCGCGGAAUUUACGGAGUUCAGCGGAAAUUUCACGGCCAUCGCCUCCCAAUGCCUCCAGAAGCUGCCAUCCUCCAACAAUAGGUUCACCUACACGUGCGACAACCACACUUUCAAUUAUCUCGUGGAGGAUGGAUUCACCUUCUGUGUAGUUGCAGUUGAGUCUGUUGGACGACAAGUGCCUGUUGCUUUUCUUGAACGUGUAAAGGAUGACUUUAUCAAGAGAUACAGUGGUGGGAAAGCUGCUACAGCUGUUGCACACAGCCUUAACAGGGAAUUUGGGCCCAAACUGAAGGAGCACAUGCAGUACUGUGUAGAUCAUGCAGAUGAAGUAAGCAAGCUUGCGAAAAUAAAGGAUCAAGUUUCAGAAGUGAAAGGAGUGAUGAUGGAAAACAUUGAGAAGGUUCUUGACCGUGGUCAGAAGAUAGAACUUCUUGUGGACAAAACUGAAGACCUUCGCUCGCAGGCUCAGGAUUUCCGAUCACAAGGGACAAAGAUGCGAAGGAAGAUGUGGUUCCAGAACAUGAAGAUCAAACUGAUUGUUUUGGGUAUCAUCAUUGCCUUGAUUCUCAUCAUUGUCUUGUCUGUCUGUCAUGGGUUCAAGUGUACAUGAGUUUUGAUGAAAAGGUACAUGGGAUGAUAUUUUCGCUGAUCUGUUGUAAGAGACUGCUUUUCUGUUUUGCCUGUGUAUAUUUUGGAUGGACGAAUUUUUCCUACUUCAAUAGAUUUGUUUAAUGCUUGCAAA